UUUCAUUAUUUAGGCAAUUUACUGGCAUUACAAUAAGUGAGGAACAAUCUUUGAACCAUGUCUUCUUACAUACUAGGAGAUGAUUGGCCAAUUAAGCCGUCAUGGAAAACGAUGUACAGGAAAGAAUCAACAUAUAGACAUGAUUACAACAAAGGAAAGGCACCAGAAUACGACCGACAUGGUAUGAUAAGAAAUAUGGACUACAACAAGACAAAAUUUGAAGAUCCGAUGUGGCAGAGAGGUAGAAAUGAAUCGUCUGAGCAAUAUGAAGAUCGACUCAGAGAAAUGUCAAAACAUCAGGCACCUGACUACUAUCCUACAUAUGAAGCAAGGAAAGCACAUGAAAUGCAUGAGUAUGGUAGAGAAAGGCGACCACAACACGACGCAUACCAUGAUGGACCAAUGACAGACAGGAGAGGAAAUGGUGAUAUGGACAGAGGAAGGGGAUACGAAGAUGGAUCGCAAACAGACAGAGGUUAUAAUCGCACCUAUUUAGACCAUGGUAACCUUACGUAUCGGAGACAUGACAGAAGAGAUGAUCCGAAGUCAAAAAAGAAGAUUGCAUUCAAAUUACCACAUAUACAGGAUGGACAAUAUGGCUUUAACUUAAUCGGCGGACCCUUCAUAAGUCGGUAUGACCGAUACAGACCUACGCAGAAAGAUUAUGGUGAUUUUGAAACUACACCCAAGCUUGACAACAUGCCAAAACCUUACAGAGGACAGUUUGAUAAACAGAAUCCCGGACAGAAAAAUGUGGAGCAAAGGUUGAAUCAACAGCCACCCGAUUCAUACAGAUCUGGGCAACAUACUGACAGAUAUCAUGAUGAGAGGGGUCGGCCUGAAUACCGACAAGAAGACCAUGACCGCCGAGGAGAACCACAAAAGAGGAGAGAUUUAGACCGAAUUGAAAUGCAUGAAGGCAAUUUUAAGCCUUACGCUUCCAAUUACUACCAAGACAAGCUAAACACACGGAAUCCGGUUAGAGAACAAAAUCUGUCACAUGAGAUCUCGACUCAUGCUGUACCACCUCCUCAUAUUGACUACAAGUCGACAGGAAAUAUUGAACCAGUUUCUAGGCCAGAGAGUGGAGUUUAUCUUUUUAUCAGAACUCACAAGGAUGCUCUGUCAGAUAUUAAGACAAGCUUCCAGAAACACAAAACCAUGUUGAACCAGAGUGGGAUGUUGACAGGAAUAUCAACAAGGGUAAGAAUUACUGGUGACUACAGCAAUUGGCAACUGAAACGAGGACCAGCUUUUGAAGACCACGGAGUUACUGAGUAUGACACCGAUUAUAUUGUUAUAGUUCUUUGGUUCCCAAAUGCAAAGGCGGCUAAAUACUGGAUUGACUAUGAUAAAGAUUUUAAGGGAGCGUCGUUUCCUGCUCCAUAUGGGCGGGACAUGGUUAUAGUGCCAAUCAAUUACAUCCCACCAGAAGACGGAUCAUGUAGAACAUUUUUACUCACUGAAUAUCCAGCAGUGAAACAUCCCGAUUACUUCCGAACAGACAUAAUUGAACCAAUGAGAGACAUUCUACGUGAUUAUAAUUGUGAACCGUUUGUUGUACGUACUAACAACGCUAGUGUUGAUCGAAGCAGCUGGAUUGGAACCGGAAGUACACUGGCUGUACAUCGUUUCCCUAACGACACAGAGGCUCAAAGAUUUCUUACAGAUCCACGUGCAAGAAAUUUAAGAGGAAAAUUGAAUGGCGUCACAAAAGGAGGCCGACAUACUACUGUCAAGUUUACAAUAACUGAUUUGGUAUAAAUAUAGAAAUGUCAAUAUCAUAAACACUUCCAAUUUCCGCCAUACAAUGUAUGUAGGAAAUCAUUAACAUUUAUAUGUAUGUAUUAUAUCAAUACGUGUAUUUUUAUUCACAGAAGAAAUGUUACAUUUAUCUCUAUACUAUAUGAUGUUGACACAAAAUAUCUCCCAUGUUUAGCAAUUCUUAUAAGGGUGAUUUCCUUUUCAUAAAGAUAUAUUGAAAAUUUUUAAAAAUCCAGAUUUUUAAAAAUACAUUAGGCGAAUUCCUGUAGAUCUAACAAGAAAAACAAUUAACAUACAAUUAGAAGAAAAACAAAAGCCCUUACAUAAAUGGGCGAUAACUCACGCUUGCAGAAAAAAAAAUAACAGUUUGUUCUUCAAAAUCAGGAUACGAUAUACACGUUUUGAAUUAAAAUUUAUUAAACCAUUUAAAGACUAUGCUUAAAUACAGUUUCUCAAAUAACAUUUCAAAGUUUUCCGAUAUAUCGGUUGUAAUAUAUAUUGUUGUUCCUAAAACUUUAUUUAUAUUGCUGAAUGGAUUCUCAAUUUAACAGAGAAUACAUUUGUCCCGUAACUCAUUGCAAUAUUUUUGUGUGCAUUAUUUGAUUUGGUCAUUCUUUAAACAGUUUAACAGUUACGAGUAUUGCCUCUUGUCUAAGCUUUAGUCAUGUCAGCUUUAAUACCAAUAAUUAUGAUUUUCUGUGGUAGUGAAAUCAGUAGAAGUAAAAUGAAGCAUAAAUACGUCCUUGGGACAAAUUUCUCUAUGUUUACGCAACAAAGGGAGGUAUUUGCAAAACUUUGUUAAACGGUCAUAUAUCCAAUACUUGUUAGACAUCAAAUGCGUACUGUGCAAGAUAUACAAUAAGUAUAAUACAUGUAUGUAUGUGUGGUGCAUGAUUUGUGCAUCGUAUAACAAUAUUCAUAGUUGUAUUUUUUAAUCUUUUAUUCCAAUUAUUGUUGUGAUAGAUAUGUGUUAUGGAUGAGGGUUUUUGUUUGACUAUGUGAUAAUGUAUAUACUAUUUUGAAUGUUGUUUAAUUAUCUGCAAAUAUUAUAAUAUAAAAGAUCUCUUCUUUUAAAGAAAUCUAUGUAUACUGUUUUUAUAUGUAAUAUAUUCAAAAGAAAACUUUGUAUUUAGGC